UUUUCUCCUGAAACUUGACACCUGGGAGAUAAAUCAGUAAACCAUAUCACUCCAGUUUCUCUUCCCUCCUUGUCUCUUUCUAUAUAUAUACCAUCCUGAUCUGCCAUUCCUUUUGUCAUUUCUUCCCCAUUUUCACUCCCCCCACUUCCUCGUCUCAAUCGGGCCUGAAAUUGCAGAUUCAUCCUUUUAAGCCCCAUUUUAUGGGACUUUGGAGGAGAUUUUUGGGCUCGGAUUCGGAGAAAGAGUGAAGCAUUGUGCAGUGAUGUCUUACAACGCCGCAACAGGCUAUUCCGGCGACCAUGAAUUCCAUUCCGCCGCUAACUAUGAUGCAAGUUGUUGCUCGAGUCCCAAGCCGUCGGCGGAGCUGAAGGUCUACCAAGCUUUCAUCUUUUCCGUCCCCAUUUUCUUCGCCUUCUUACUCCUCUUCUUGUUCUAUUAUUUUUAUCUCCGCCGCCAAAGCGCCGAUUGGUCUUCUCUCAGGAUGCGGGCUUCUUCAUUGCAGACCGGAGUGGAUGGGGUUUCAAGGUGUGAGUUGGGAUUGAAGAAGGAGAUUAGGGAGAUGUUGCCCAUUAUUGUGUACAAGGAGAGCUUUUCAGUUAAAGACACUCAAUGUGCGGUGUGCCUAGGGGACUACCAAGCAGAGGAUCGGCUUCAACAAAUACCGAUCUGUGGGCACACGUUUCACAUGGAUUGCAUCGACCACUGGCUGGCUACUCGCACAACUUGCCCACUCUGUCGCCAUUCUGUCCUGGCUACCUCUCAACCUUCUCGCGAAACGACACAUAACAGAGCAGAAACCAUCCCCCGAUCUUCCAAUGCCGAAGAUGACACAUCGCUUCAAGCUAGCCGAACGCUUCCCGAGCCUGGAACCAGCGUCGAAAGAGUCACUUCAGUCCACAGCCAAGAAGAACAGAGAGUUGGUACCCAAACAACCUCAGAGGCUAUGAAUGACAGAAGUGAAACAAUGGAGGAUAAGUAGCAAUUUGUAUUGUUUGAAUGUGUUUGUAAAUGACCCUUGAGAUAAAUUACCCGAGUCGUCCCCAAUUUGCUGGUUAGAAUUGAAGGUUGCAUUUCGUCUCAAUUUGCUAGUUAGAAUUGAAAGAUACAUUUCGUCUCAACUAAAAGUUUAAAUCGAUACUGAGACUUGUAAGAUUUUGGAUCUGGUCAAAUAAAAGGGGUUGUUUUAGCUGCUUGUAUCA